AGGCGCAUGUAUGACACUGCCAGAGAGACAGGAGAGACAGAAGAAGAGAAAAGUAGAGAGAGAGCAUGUGACACAUGUUGGCUGUGAGGGAGAACACAGAUAGUGAUAAAUAUUUUCAGGUGUACUUGUAGGUUACAUGUUCCUGACUACAAAACUUUUACACCUAAUUUGCAUUCCUCUUUGGGUUGGCAGAACGAAGUGUGGGAGCACAGCUAAGCACCCCACCACCACCCCCACAGCCCACCCCUUUCAGAGGCCAUGGAGGAAGCCAAGGUCACAGAAGUUCCCCACCUGGAGCGGAGGGUCCGGCAGCGGAAAGAGCCCAUGACCGUUCUGAAGACCAAGCUGAGCCGUAGCCUGUCCUGCUCUGUGCCCAGGGUCAAGAACACCUUGACUGGGUUCUUCCCUGUGGUGCUCUGGCUUCCCAAGUACAAGCUGAAAGAGUAUAUCUGGGGUGAUCUCAUGUCAGGCCUCAUCAUAGGCAUCAUCCUGGUCCCUCAGGCCAUCGCCUACUGCCUGCUGGCCGGAGUGGACCCUAUCUAUGGCCUCUACACCUCCUUCUUCGCCAACAUCAUCUACUUCUUCAUGGGGACCUCCAGGCACGUGUCUGUGGGCAUCUUCAGUCUGAUGAGCCUCAUGGUGGGCCAGGUGGUGGACAGAGAGGUGUAUAUGGCAGGGUUCGAGCUGGAUGACACCAAAGCAGCCACCGUAGAUGGAAUCUUAAAUGUAACAGGAGACUCAGACAGCUCAGCCAUCAACCUGAAAAUGGGGGCCUUCGGCAUGGAGUGUGGGAAAGAAUGUUAUGCCAUCAGCAUCGCAGCAGCCUUGACAUUUUUGGCUGGGAUUUACCAGGUAUUGAUGGCUGUGUUCAGACUGGGCUUCGUAUCCGUCUACCUCUCUGCUCCCAUGCUGGACGGCUUCGCCACAGGCGCAUCGCUCACCAUCCUCACCGUCCAAGCCAAGUACCUACUGGGGCUCAAGAUCCCUCGCCACCAGGGCUACGGCACCGUGGUGGUCACCUGGAUCAAUAUCUUCAGGAACAUCCAGAACACCAACUACUGUGACCUCAUCACCAGCAUCAUCUGCAUCUCUGUCCUGGUGUUGGGGAAGGAGCUCCAAGAUCGCUACAAGGAUCGUCUGAAGAUCCCACUGCCCACAGAGCUGGUAGUGGUGGCGGGCGCUACACUGGCGUCCCACUUUGGAGACUUUCACGGACGGUACGACUCCGGUGUCUCUGGUGCUAUCCCCACAGGCUUCAUCCCCCCUAAGGUGCCCAGUUUUGGUCUGAUGCCCCAGGUGGCCUUCGAUGCCAUCCCACUGGCUGUGAUCAGCUUUGCCUUCACGGUUUCCCUCUCGGAGAUGUUUGCCAAGAAGAACGGCUACACCGUCCGGCCCAACCAGGAGAUGAUGGCCAUUGGUUUCUGUAACAUUAUCCCUUCCUUCUUCCACUGUUUCACCACCAGCGCUGCCCUGGCUAAGACUAUGGUGAAAGACUCCACGGGCUGCCAGACUCAGGUCUCCAGCAUUGUAAGUGCCUUUGUCGUUCUCCUGGUCCUGCUCUUCUUCGCCCCCCUCUUUUACUCCCUCCAGAAGUGCGUCCUGGCCUGUAUCAUCAUUGUCAGCCUGAGGGGAGCUCUCCGUAAGUUCAGAGACGUGCCCAGUAAGUGGCGCGUCAGUAAGAUGGACGCUAUCGUCUGGAUGGUGACUAUGAGUGCCUCAGCUCUGAUCAGUGUGGAGAUGGGGCUGGUGGUUGGGGUAGUUUUCUCUAUCCUCUGUGUCAUCGUCCAGACCCAGAAGCCCAAGGUUUCUCUGCUAGGACAGAUCCAUGACACUGUCCACUACGAGGAUAUGGAGGAGUAUGAAAACCUCAUGUCCCUCCCUAAAGUGAAGAUCUUCCGCUUCCAGGCCCCGCUGUACUAUGCAAACAAGGACUUCUUCCUGAAGUCGCUGUACAAGGCCGUUGGCGUGGAACCCUUCCUGGAGAUGACCAGGAGGAGGGAAGCAGAGAAAAAAGCAGAGAAAAUGGCAGCGAAGGAAGCCAGGAGAGCCGACAAGACUAAUGGAGAGGUGAAUGUAGGGCUGGUGUCCAGAGAACUUGAUUUCCACACUAUCAUCUUAGACUGCUCUGCCAUGCCCUUCGUAGACUCAACAGGGAUGCAAACCUUUAAAGGGAUCAUUAAAGACUAUAAGGAGUUGGGUGUCACAGUGCUGCUAGCAAGCUGUAACACCACGGUCAUAGAUUCUCUCAGACAAGGCUCUUUCUUUGGGAAGGCUGACAAAGACAUGGAAAGCUUGUCAUUCUAUACUGUACAUGCGGCAGUUCAAUUUGCCAAUGAAAGGGUAACAUCUAGAUCUAUUGGUGACUCAGUGGUAUAGACCAGAGCCAUAUACACUGCUAAAAAAAAUAAAGGGAACACUAAAAUAACACAUCCUAGAUCUGAA